GAUCGCGUCUGUCUAUAAAUGGAGCACCAACCUUGCUGAUUUUAGUUUGGCCCCCUCAAAAGCCUCUGAAAGCCAUGAAGAGAGCCGACGUCUUUAUUCUGCUUCUUGCUGGUGUGUUGGUCAAUGGAAAAGACCUCCGCUGGCAGAACAGCUAUGACCAGCCGUUAGAUUUUAAUUGCCCCUCAGGGCAAUCCAUCUCUCGCAUAGUGAGUGAGCAUCACAACAAACAUGAAGACCGUCUGUGGGACUUUGGGUGCAAAGCCACGUUUGACUCAGCAACUAACUGCUUCACAUCUUCCUACGUAAAUGACUUCGACAAACCUUUCAGCUACCAAUGCCCAAGCCACCAGGUCAUCACAGGGAUGAACAGCUAUCAUGAGAACAAGCAUGAGGACAGAAGAUGGAAGUUCACCUGCUGUGGAACCAGCAACUUCUGUACUGAUACCUGCCAGUGGACCAACUACGUAAACUGGUUUGAUGAGGCCUUCACUUUUGAUGUCCCACCAAAUUCCUACCUGAUUGCAGCUGAAAGCUACCAUGAAAACAAGCAUGAAGAUCGUCGCUGGAAAUACCAAUACUGUACCAGAAGGUCAUGCUGAAUCUAUAACUGAUUCUUCCUACAAUCAGAUUAUUUGAUCCAUUGUUGUCGCUUGAUAAUCUUGAAAGAAAUUCAUGAUUAAAGAUACAUGUAACAAA